CUGCCUCGUACUUACAGUGAGCUGGGCACCAUGCUACCUGCUGCAGGAGGAGAGUACUCCUACAUCCUCAACGCGUUCGGUGGCCUGCCCGCCUUCCUCACGCUCUGGGUCAACGUGGUGGUGAUCCGGCCGGCGGCUCAGGCGGUGGUGCCCACCUUCGCUGAGUACACCUUGGCUCUGUCCUUCCCUCACCUGCCUCCUCCAUCCUUGGCUUGUGUACUAAUAUAGGUGUUUCUGACAGGUAUGUUGACGUUGGUGAACUGCGUCAGCGUCCGGCUCUCCAUGAGGAUACAAACGGUGUUCACGGCGGCCAAGCUCGUCGCUCUUGUUAUUAUUAUUGUGGCGGGAGCUCUGCAUGUUGGGCAAGGAGAGACGGAGCACCUGGGUCGUGUCUGGCAAGGUCAACACAGUGUAGGCGGGGUGGCUCUCGCUCUGUAUUCUGGCCUGUUCGCUUAUGGUGGCUGGAACUACCUCAACUUCGUCACUGAAGAACUGAAGGACCCGUACAGGAACUUGCCGCGAGCGAUCUGGGUGGCGCUGCCCCUUGUGACACUCGUCUAUGUGCUGGUCAACAUCUCCUACCUCGCAGUACUCUCGCCCUCAGACCUCCUGGCCUCCAACGCUGUCGCUGUGGCCUUUGGUAACAAGGUUCUUGGUCCACUCAAGUACACAGUGCCAGUUUUUGUGGCACUGUCCACCUUUGGGAGUCUCAACGGGAUACUGUUUACCUCGGGACGACUGUUUCUGGCAGGGGCGCGGAAUGGCCACCUGCCUCCCGUCCUCUCCUUCAUCCAUAUCCGUGCUCGCACCCCCAUCCCCGCCCUGCUCAUCACGUGUAUGUUGUCACUGCUGAUGCUGGGCAUUGACAUCUUCUCCUUGAUCAACUGCUUAUCCUUUGUACUGUGGCUGAGCAUCGGAGCAGCGGUUGCAGCACUCCUGUGGCUGCGACGGUCGAGGCCUAACACAAAGCGUCCCAUCCGUGUCCACACUGCCCUUCCUGUCAUCUUCCUGGCUGGCUGCAUCUACCUGGUGGUGGUGCCGAUGAUUACUGAACCUAUUAGUACAGGGAUGGGCGUGUUGAUGACCCUCUCAGGCAUCCCUGUGUACCUGGCAGGAGUCCUGUGGAACACCAAGCCACACUGGCUCAGGAAAAUCCAUGAGGAGACAACAUACCUCUUACAAAGGGUGUUGUUAGUGGUGGCCACAGAGCAGCAGUCCAGCGACCCUCUCUUGUGUCCCACUGACCAUGAUCAUUGAGGUCUUGACAAUGAGGAGGAGAAGUAGAGGUGGAAGAGGAGAAGAAAAGAGAAGAUGUGGAGGAGGAGGAAAAGUGAAGGAGAAAGAGUAAGAGGAGAAAGGAAGGAUAGAAGGUAAGAGAAGAGACGUGUUUGGUGAUGAUGCAGCUAUUGUCGGGUUAUGUGUACUACUGAAGACAGCCAUUAAGGGCUCUAACACCAGCCUGAUGAAGGAGCGAAGUACAUGAAGGAGGAGGACAGCCAUGAGGUGCACACAGAGGGGUAUAAGUUGUGGUCAUGAAUUAGGUGGUAGUGAGGAAGAUGAUGAUGGGAGGAGAUAUAAGGGAAAUGUGAAGUUAAUGUGAAAAGGGGAAAUAAGUAUAAGAGUGAGAAGCCAAAUGGUGAGGUUAGAAUUAAACAAAACACAACUGACGCAAUUUUGACUUCCUGUGUCAUGAAGAAAAACUGACCACAUAUCCUAUUGAUUAUAUUUUAAAGAAUCCUCAAAGCCCUGAUGGAAAGUAAGUGAUCAAAAUGUUAUAUAGGCCAUUGUGAGUGUAGGUAUUUAUUUUAUUCACAUUAAACUAUAUACAGUGAACCCUCGAAGAUCUGGACUAAAUGGGGGGACCACCUGUCCAGAAAUGCCAAUUGUCCGAAUCUUCCGGCUAAUAAUAAAUGAUAUAAGAAACACCCAAAAUACAGCACUAAUGUAGUGAUAAACAAAUUACUGUAUAUAAACCAUGACUUUACCUGUGAUAACAUAAUAAGAAACAUUGUAUCAUUACUAGAGUCAAUGAAAUAAUAUUACCACAAACAACAACUGUUUAUGUUUCCCACCUCCUCGGGCACCAAGCAACUGAUGGGUCAAGCAGCGCCCUCAGACCUAAAAUGUUCUUUGCUCUGGUUUGGUAAUGUUUCUUGGGGAAACUUCUAGGAGGCUUCUUAGCCCAGAACCCCCAAAUUUUUUACCGGAUCUUCCAAAAUUCGUAUUUCCCAGGUCCGAAUCUUCGAUGGUUUACUGUAUAUAUACAGUCGACCCUCGUUAAUUCGGACCCCUUUAAUCCGGAUUUCGGAUAAUUCGGACAAAAUCUGAACGAACUUUUUUUUUUUUUU